GAUUGCUAUUGGGCGAGAGAGAUGUUAAUUCCCGGCAGGCGGCGAAGCAGACAGGGUUGCCUAAAGGCGACCGGAGAGAUGUUGCCUUUGGGGGUUUUCUGCUGCCGUCGGGGGUUGGUGAGCACUUUUGGUACAUCAGAAGCGGGUCAGCUGUUACAUUCUUCUGGAGUAACUCAUGGCUGUGUUCCUGGAAGGUUAUAGCCAUCUGUAAGGAAGAGACCCAGAUUAACCCACCCAAAUCAGGAGGGCUUUUGUUCAAAAGUGACAUUCUUUCAUCCCAGCCAUGAACCUUGAAGCUCCAAAGCCAGAAUUCAAAUCUGCCACCAGGGUGACUGGGGGGCCUGUCACUCCCAGGAAAGGCCCUCCCAAAUUCAAACAGAGACAAACCAGGCAGUUCAAGAGCAAGCCACCAAAGAAAGGUGUUCAAGGGUUUGGUGAUGACAUUCCCGGUAUGGAAGGCUUGGGAACAGAUAUCACGGUGAUCUGUCCUUGGGAAGCUUUCAGCCACCUGGAACUCCAUGAACUGGCACAGUAUGGUAUCAUUUGAUGACAUAGAAGCCAGAAACAGGCCUUUCAUUCAGCAAGCAAGAACAGUUCGUGAGCAUCCAUAUUAUCCCUGCAAAUUCACUUUCCCAGUAGUAGCCUGUUGGGUCCUAUAACAGUUGCUCACUAAAAUA